UCUCCUGCUCGCGGCUCGCCGCUUCUCCACCUCCCGUCUCGUAUGCUCGUCUCCUCCUCCUCCUCUUUGCUACCUCCGCCGCCGCUCGCCGGAAGGGAAGGGAAUCCCACUCCACCACCACCGCUCCCGUCUCGCCGCCAUUUCCUUCCCAGUUGCUACCAACGCUUACUCUGAGCUCUCUGUGGCCUCACCUUGCUGCUAUGCCUUUCCCGCCGCUCGCCGGGAACCAACGCCACCGCACCGAAAGCACCACCUAGUGCCUUGCCCCGACUCCUAUGGCGUCCGACCGCCCCUUCGAGGCCUUGCUGGCCGCUGCUCGCGGCGCCCUCGCCCACCUCCACCUUCCCAUCCACAUCUCCGGAUCCAAUUCCAUUCCAGAUUCCAACCCCAAACAGCACAAGCAGCAACGCGAGCCCGACUGCCUCCUCCACCUCCACGUCGUCGUCACCAACUUCCUUCACAAGCCCCUCAAAUCAUUCGCGAGAUGCUUCCGCAGCGACACCAAGCGCGCCCAGCGACGGGCCAAACAAUCCCCCCCGCAGCACCUGGAGCUCCUGCUCUGCAUUGCCUUUGACGCCUUCGCCCACAACCUGCACGUACUAGAGCACGCCUGCAAGCAAAAAGGCGCCGAAUUUGGUAUCGCCACCCGACAGCUCGAUCAAUUUGAGGUUCUCAGGAAGGUGAUCGAUGGGAAGAGGGCCGAUUUCGAUGGAUUCCUUUCCAACCUGGGUUUUGCAAAGGUCGGGGCACCGCCACCGCCUGCAAGCAUCAUGGGUGCCUCCCCUACCCCAGCGCCGGCUAGCGACCAGGAGGAUGGUGGUGGAAUUGAGGACAGGGAAGGGGUGGACAGUGGCAUUGGUACACCACAGCUGCCACAGACAUUAGCUGCUCGGCUGCUUGACCUCCCGUUGUCGAAUGUGGAGCGCCUGCGGUCAACACUGCCCACAGUUUCACUGACAGAGUUGAUCGAGUUACUCCCGCAGCUGGUAGGCAGAUCGAUAACGUCGGCAGAUGGACAUCCUGACAAGAAGAAGCUUUUCUCCGUGCAGGACUUCUUCAGAUAUGCAGAAGUUGAAGGAAAGCGGUUCUUUGAAGAGUUGGACAGAGAUGGUGAUGGUCAAGUCACUCUAGAAGAUCUCGAAAUUGCAAUGAGGAAGAGGCGAUUACCUAGGAGGUAUGCCCGAGAUUUCUUACGGCGUACAAGAAGCAACUUUUUUUCAAAAUCAAUUGGGUGGAAGCAAUUUUUAUCCUUGAUGGAACAGAAGGAGCCAACCAUUCUCCGAGCAUAUACCACGUUGUGUUUGAGCAAGUCUGGAACACUUCACAAGAAUCAAAUCUUGACAUCCUUAAAAGGUGCAGGCCUUCCGGCCAAUGAAGAUAAUGCCGCUGCCAUGCUACGGUAUCUAAAUGCAGAUUCAGAAGGAUCAAUCUCAUAUGGUCAUUUCCGCAAUUUCAUGCUUCUACUUCCUUCAGAACGCCUUGAGGAUGAUCCUCGGAACAUUUGGUUUGAAGCUGCUACCGUUGUUGCUGUUCCCCCACCUGUUGAAAUAUCCACAGGAAGUGUUUUGAAGUCUGCUUUAGCUGGAGGUCUUGCUAGUGCGCUCUCUACCUCUCUGAUGCAUCCUAUUGAUUCAAUGAAGACACGUGUGCAAGCAUCCACGCUCUCAUUUCCAGAUCUCAUUUCAGAGCUUCCACAAAUUGGGCUUCGAGGAUUGUAUCGAGGUUCUAUCCCAGCAAUUCUUGGCCAGUUUUCAAGCCAUGGUUUGAGGACAGGAAUCUUUGAAGCAAGCAAGCUUGUAUUAAUUAAUGUCGCUCCAACACUUCCAGAGAUUCAGGUGCAAUCCAUGGCUUCCUUCUGCAGCACAGUCCUGGGGACAGCUGUCCGUAUCCCUUGUGAGGUUCUUAAGCAGCGUUUGCAGGCUGGAAUCUUCAACAAUGUAGGGGAGGCCAUUGUUGGCACCAUGCGACAGGAUGGCCCAAAAGGCUUUUUUCGCGGUACUGGGGCCACUCUUUGUCGUGAGGUUCCUUUCUAUGUUGCUGGAAUGUGCCUCUAUGCUGAAGCUAAAAAGGCAGCACAGCAUGUUCUGGACAGAGACUUGGAACCAUGGGAAACAGUAGCAGUUGGAGCAUUGUCUGGAGGACUUGCAGCAGUUGUUACCACUCCCUUUGAUGUGAUGAAGACGCGGAUGAUGACUGCCCCUCCAGGCACACCAGUGUCCAUGCAGAUGAUAGUCUUCUCCAUCCUCCGAAAUGAGGGCCCUCUUGGGCUCUUCAAGGGUGCGGUCCCCCGCUUCUUCUGGAUUGCUCCUCUCGGAGCAAUGAACUUUGCAGGAUAUGAGCUCGCCAAGAAGGCGAUGAUCAAAGAUGAGAAUGAUUCCAAAGAGUCGAUACAUGAGAAGAAAGCCAUGGUGGGUUCACGAGGAUAACCGUUCACCUGGUGAAAUCUAUGGUGCAAAGAAACUGAAGCCAUGCAACAGAAGUUUUUCCGCCCUCGUUGCAAAGAAGCAAUAGAAACAUCUGCCGUUCCUUGUUGAUAAUUGUAUCAAAGUGUAGGUUGCCGUACUCUUCCCAGCUGACUGAGGAAAAUUUGCUGAGUGACAGUUUCCAUAGGCCUUCAGAUCGCUGUAUAGUAGAUGAUACAGAGUUACAGGCGGGGUUAGACAUGCUGGAGCUGUUUUUCUUUGCCUGGACAGCUUGCUUGUCUGUUGUUAAACAAUCCAUGGCCUUGUUCCCAUGUGCUUUUGUUGUUUUGCUUUUGUGACCUGGGCCAAGCGAGGAUCUAAAGAUUGUUUUGAUGUCAAUUUGAGAUAGACUGGUAAAGUGACAAGGAAAACAAUAAAGGGUAAGUGGACGGUCCUUGUUGGACAGAAUGUA